AUGAGGCGGCUCGGGGGCUUCUGUCUCCGGUGGCCGCCGUUGUUGUUGCUGCUGCUGCCGCUGCUUCUCCGGUGGGAAGCCCCUUUCUACGUGCGAGGUGCAGCUAGCAGCAGCUCCGAAUGUUCCUGUGGCCGCAACCAUUUCACCUGUGCCGUUAGUGCUUUUGGCGAAUGCACUUGCAUCCCUGCUCAGUGGCAGUGUGAUGGCGACAACGACUGUGGGGACCAUAGUGAUGAAGAUGGUUGUAUGCUUCCUACGUGCUCAUCCCUGGAUUUUCAUUGUGACAAUGGCAAAUGUAUCCGUCGAUCAUGGGUCUGUGAUGGAGACAAUGAUUGUGAGGAUGAUUCUGAUGAGCAGGACUGCCCUCCCAGGGAAUGUGAAGAAGACGAGUUCUCAUGUCAGAAUGGAUAUUGCAUACGCAGCCUAUGGCACUGCGAUGGUGACAAUGACUGUGGAGACAACAGUGACGAGCAGUGUGAUAUGAGGAAGUGUUCAGACAAAGAGUUUCGCUGCAGUGAUGGCAGCUGCAUAGCUGAGCACUGGUUCUGUGAUGGUGAUACUGACUGCAAGGAUGGAUCGGAUGAAGAGAACUGCCCAUCAGAUGUUCCAGCAGCAACAUGCAACCUAGAGGAAUUCCAAUGUGCCUAUGGGCGUUGUAUCCUGGACAUUUACCACUGUGAUGGAGAUGAUGACUGUGGGGAUUGGUCCGAUGAAUCUGAUUGCUCCUCUCACCAGCCGUGCCGCUCGGGAGAGUUCAUGUGCAAUAGUGGCUUGUGCAUUAAUGCUGGCUGGAGGUGUGAUGGUGAUUUUGAUUGCGAUGACCAGUCGGAUGAGAAAAACUGCACGACCUCUAUGUGCACAGCUGACCAGUUCCGAUGUAAAUCUGGCCGCUGCGUUCGGCUGUCUUGGCGCUGUGAUGGGGAGGGAGACUGCUCUGAUUACAGCGAUGAGGAAGACUGUGAGGACUCGGGGAUCCCACAAUGUUCCCCUGACCAAUUUCUGUGUGAAAAUGGGCGCUGCAUUGGCCAACGGAAGCUGUGUAAUGGUGCCAAUGAUUGUGGAGAUGGCAGUGAUGAGAGCCCUGCCCAAAACUGCCGUCCUCUAACUGGAGAGGAAAAUUGUAACGUCAACAAUGGGGACUGCGCCCAGAAAUGCCAGAUGAUUCGCGGAAUAGUGCAAUGUACCUGCCAUACAGGUUAUAGGCUUCUGGAGGAUGGUAGAUCAUGUCAGGAUGUGAACGAAUGUGCAGAGGAAGGUUAUUGCAGUCAGGGGUGCACCAACAGUGAGGGUGGUUUCCAGUGCUGGUGUGAACAAGGCUAUGAGCUUCGCCCGGACAAGCGCAGCUGCAAAGCCCUGGGGCCAGAACCUGUGCUGCUUUUUGCCAAUCGGAUUGACAUCCGACAGGUCUUACCCCACCGCUCCGAGUACACGUUGCUUCUAAACAACCUUGAAAAUGCCAUUGCCCUGGAUUUCCACCAUAACAAGGAAUUAGUGUUCUGGUCUGAUGUCACACUGGACCGCAUUAUGAGAGCUAAUCUGAAUGGUAGCAACGUGGAGGAAGUGGUGUCUACAGGAUUGGAGAGUCCAGGUGGGCUAGCCAUUGAUUGGAUCCAUGACAAGUUAUACUGGACAGACUCUGGGACAUCUCGCAUUGAAGUGGCAAAUUUGGAUGGAAUGCACCGAAAGGUACUUCUUUGGAAGAAUCUAGAGAAACCUCGUGCAAUUGCUCUUCACCCUAUGGAAGGCACCAUCUACUGGACAGAUUGGGGAAACACUCCUCGCAUUGAAUACUCUAACAUGGAUGGAUCCAAUCGGCGCAUUAUUGCUGAUACUCAUCUCUUUUGGCCAAAUGGGCUAACUAUUGACUAUGCAGGGCAUCGGAUGUACUGGGUAGAUGCCAAGCAUCAUGUUAUUGAGAGGGCUGAUUUGGAUGGAAAGAACAGGAAGGCUGUUAUUAGUCAAGGCCUUCCACAUCCAUUUGCUAUCACUGUAUUUGAAGAUAGCCUGUACUGGACAGAUUGGCAUACCAAGAGUAUAAACAGUGCCAACAAAUUUACUGGAAAAAAUCAAGAGAUCAUCCGUAACAAGCUUCAUUUCCCCAUGGAUAUCCAUACUUUGCAUCCUCAGCGCCAACCAGCAGGGAGAAAUCGCUGUGGAACCAACAAUGGUGGCUGUACUCAUCUCUGUUUGCCAAAUAACAAGGGCUAUACCUGCGCAUGUCCCACAGGUUUUCGGAAGACUAGCGGCCAUACUUGUGCCCAGAGUCUUGACAAGUUCCUGCUUUUUGCCCGAAGGAUGGACAUCCGUCGUAUCAGCUUCGACACAGAAGACCUGUCUGAUGUUGUCAUCCCCUUGGCAGAUGUGCGCAGUGCUGUGGCUCUGGACUGGGAUGCACAGGGUGACUAUGUCUACUGGACAGAUGUUAGCACUGAUUCCAUUAGUCGGGCAAAAUGGAAUGGAACAGGCCAGGAGAUUGUGGUGGAGAGCAGUCUUGAAAGCCCAGCUGGUCUUGCUGUUGAUUGGGUCACAAACAAGUUGUACUGGACAGAUGCAGGAACAGACCGGAUAGAGGUAUCUAACAUAGAUGGGACCAUGAGGACUGUUCUAAUAUGGGAAAACCUAGACAGACCAAGAGAUAUUGUGGUGGACCCUGUUGGAAGGUUCAUGUACUGGACUGACUGGGGAGCUAACCCAAAAAUUGAGCGUUCAGGAAUGGAUGCCUCUGAUCGGUUGGUGAUCAUCUCUUCCAACCUGACCUGGCCCAAUGGGCUGGCUAUUGACUAUGAGUCUCAGCGCUUAUACUGGGCAGAUGCUGGCAUGAAGACAAUUGAGUAUGCUGGCCUGGAUGGCAGUAAUAGAAAGAUAUUGAUUGGGAGCAAUUUGCCUCACCCAUUUGGGCUCACUCUUUACGGAGGACGGAUCUACUGGACAGACUGGCAGACGAAAAGCAUUCAGAGUGCAGACAAAAGGACAGGGCUGGGUCAUGAGACUCUACAGGACAACCUAGAAAACCUUAUGGACAUCCAUGUCUUUCAUCGGCAGAGACCUGCAGUGCAUACACCGUGCCACAUUAAUAAUGGUGGAUGCAGUCAUCUUUGUCUCUUGGCUCCACUUCCUAAAGGCUACAGCUGUUCUUGCCCUACUGGCAUCAACCUACAACCGGAUGGCAGAACAUGUUUACCUGGAAUGACUACCUUCCUGAUCUUUGCAAGAAGGUCGGAUAUUCGUCUGGUUUCACUUGAUAUUCCAUAUUUUGCUGAUGUAGUUGUCUCAGUCAAUGUCACUAUGAAAAACACCAUCGCCAUUGGAGUUGAUCCCGAAGAAGGAAAGGUUUAUUGGUCAGACAGCACACUGAGGAAGAUCAGCAGAGCUUCACUGGAUGGGUCUCAGUACGAAGAUAUUAUUACUAUAGGAUUGCAAACCACAGAUGGAUUAGCUGUGGAUGCUAUUGGCCGCAAAGUGUAUUGGACUGAUACUGGAACAAACAGAAUUGAAGUGGCCAACCUGGAUGGGACAAUGAGAAAAGUUUUGAUAUGGGAAAACCUGGACAGCCCACGGGCAAUUGCAUUAUAUCAUGAAAUGGGGUAUAUGUAUUGGACAGACUGGGGUGAAAAUGCUAAACUGGAACGAGCUGGGAUGGAUGGCUCUAACCGCAUGGUGCUUAUUAGCAACAACCUGGGGUGGCCUAAUGGUCUGGCUGUGGAUAAAGCUGGAUCACAACUAUUUUGGGCUGAUGCACAUACUGAGCGUAUUGAAGCUUCGGAUCUGAAUGGUGCAAACCGUCAUACCCUCCUCUCCCCAGUGCAGCACCCUUAUGGCCUAACUUUAUUAGAUUCUUACAUCUAUUGGACUGAUUGGCAAACAAGAAGCAUUCACCGAGCUGAUAAGAGCACCGGCGCUAAUGUCAUCUUGGUGAGAACAAAUCUUCCUGGAUUAAUGGACAUCCAGGGCAUUGACAGAGGGAGACCUCUUGGUACUAACAAAUGUGGCAUGAAAAAUGGAGGAUGCUCUCAUCUCUGCCUCCCAAACCCCGAAGGCUUCUCAUGUGCCUGCCCUACUGGAAUUCAACUGAAGAUUGAUGAAAGGUCUUGUGAUCCUUCUCCUGAAACCUACCUGCUCUUCUCUAGCCGGGGCUCCAUCAGGAGAAUCUCACUAGAUACUAGUGAUCACAUUGAUGUUUAUGUCCCUGUCCCAGAGUUGAACAAUGUUAUCUCCUUGGACUAUGACAGUGUAGAUGGCAAGGUUUACUACACAGAUGUCAUAUUAGAUGUCAUCAGGCGAGCAGAUCUAGAUGGCAGUAAUAUGGAAACUAUUAUUGGCCAAGGACUAAAGAGAACAGAUGGUUUGUCUGUGGACUGGGUAGCUCGAAAUCUAUAUUGGACAGACACUGGCCGCAACACAAUUGAAGUUGCAAAACUGGAUGGAAGCUGCAGGAAAGUGCUAAUAAAUAACAGUCUGGAUGAACCACGGGCAAUUGCCGUCUUUCCUAGAAAAGGAUACCUCUUCUGGACUGACUGGGGACAUAUUGCUAAAAUUGAGCGGGCAAACCUGGAUGGUUCUGAACGAAAGAUAUUGAUCAAUACUGAUUUAGGCUGGCCCAAUGGACUGACUUUGGAUUAUGACAUCAGAAGGAUUUAUUGGGUAGAUGCUCAUCUAGACCGCAUAGAAAGUGCUGAUCUUAAUGGGAAAUUGCGGCAAGUGUUGAUCAGUCAAGUGUCACAUCCCUUUGCCUUGACACAGCAGGAUAGGUGGCUGUAUUGGACAGACUGGCAAACAAAAUCUAUUCAGCGUGUGGACAAAUACUCUGGUCGUAAUAAGGAGACUGUGUUAGCCAAUGUAGAAGGACUUAUGGAUAUUAUUGUGGUUUCUCCUCAAAGGCAAACAGGCACAAACAUUUGUGGCGUGAAUAAUGGAGGCUGUACCCAUCUCUGCUUUGCCAGGGCUUCUGACUUUGUUUGUGCAUGUCCCGAUGAACCAGAUGGACGGCCUUGUUUUAAUGUUCCUAGCAUGGGGCCUCCAAAUCCUGAGACAACUCAUGCAAGCAAAAGGAGCCAGACUUCUACUGACAGAUUUAAAACUCCAACAACCAAGCCUCAUAUUUCUGUGGAAACAAUAGAAGGAAACUGCUCUGACAAGAAAGUUGGUCAAGGUUUAUGCAACCGAGCAAAUGAAGCAAUAUUGGCAACUGCAGGAGAAGGGCUACAUGUCAGUUACAUCACUGGAGGUCUUCUCAGUAUACUGAGUAUUCUGCUGCUGAUUGGUGCUGUGAUUAUAUACAGGCAUAAGAAAUCCAAAUUCACAGAUCCUAAUCUAAGUAAUCUGACAUACAGUAAUCCCUCUUAUCGGACAUCUACCCAAGAAGUGAAGAUUGAAACAAUUCCCAAGCCAGCCAUAUAUAAUCAGCUCUGCUUUAAGAAGGAGACUGGUCCUGAUCAUAAUUACACCAAGGACAAGAUCAAGAUUGUUGAAGGAAUAUGCCUCUUAUCCAAUGAUGAAUCUGAAUGGGAUGAUCUUAAACAGAUAAGAAGCUCUCGGGGAUGUAUUCUCCGCGACCAUGUAUGCAUGAAGACUGACACAGUCUCUAUCCAAGCCAGCUCUGGCUCACUGGGUGACACUGAAACUGAGCAAUUGUUGAAAGAAGAGCAGUCAGAAUGCAGCAGCAUCAAUGCAGCCACUACUCCUGAAUGUCAUGGCUCCCUUCCAGACACAGGCUGGAAGCACCAGCGCAAACCCUCAACAGAAAGUGAAGUCUAAAGAAUAUGCAGAGACUUGUCCCUCCUACUGUCAUCCUUCACAUUGAUGAAAUAGGAUCCUGCCUUCUAUUCAACAAAAAAGUUUGAACUACAGAGACUUCCUUUGCAGAAGCAUUUGAACUGGACUGUGCCUUUGAGGCAGUUGGAACACAGCUAAGGGACCCUUUUCACUCACUGCUAGAUGUUUAUUUAUCAUCCCUUCAUCUUAAAAGCUGUGGUAUUGAAUCUAGCAGUAGUUUCUUUUUCACUUGAAUUGACACAGCUUUCAUUUGGCUUGUGCAUAAGUUGGUCAAAGAUUCCAAAUCUUCAGUGGCCAGUUUUAUGAACUUAGCCAUAAUUGAUACCUGUUAUCUUUUCUCAGAGGGUAUUGGCACUAACUGGAUUUUGCACUGUACUCCUUCUGUUUUAAGAGGAAAGGGUUAGGGCCAAUUGAACUGUCUGAAGAGAACAAGGGAAUACAAGAACAGGUCACUUUCACAGGUUCUGUACAGGGAGAGCAAAUACAUCUGAAACUUAAUUACAAGGGGCAAUAAAAUAUCACUACCAUUUUUACAAACUGGGGAACCACUGCUGCAUCUAAUGUAGGAUGUGAGGAUUUUAAGAGGGUAAAGUCUUAGUCUGUUGCUGGCAACAGUCAUUGGUCCUGUGACAUCCAUCAUAAUACCCUUUCUAAAAUAUAGAUAGAACUUACAAAUCUGUUUCCUGGAUAGACUGUUUUAUUUCCAUUUUCACUGGGCUUCCAUUUAGUUUUGACCUGCAAAGAACAUUCUGGUGCAACAUUGUUUAAUCAUUCUUAUUACCUGGUUCACAGGGCCAACUGCUGAAAAACUGUGCUGCUGAAAUGUGUGUGGAACCCAAAAGCAGUGUAUUAGGUUUAAGUAUCUGGAACAAAAUUGAUGUAGUAAAAAUCCAGUUCCAAUUUUCUGUUGAAAAAUAGGGCUCUUCUAACUUAUUUUUUGCCUGUCUUUUCUCUUUAGAAAUCCUGGAAGGAAUAAUUUAGCUGCACCUUUUUUCUCCUAUAUGCUGUAUUAGUUGAACAGACAAAAUGAGGUAUCAAAAAGUGGAUGUGUGCAAUUUAAAAGAAUAAUGUAUUUGGAUAGGAAAUAAUGCAGUUGACAGAUGGCACACUACAAACAAUUUGUUUAUAUAAAAAUCCUUCCUUUUUAACUACAUCAAAAAUGAUGCUAUUACUCAUUCUAUGCUAUAACAAAAAGUCAAAAGCUGAGAAACUGUCAUUUCACAAUAUGCACUGUUGGUGAUGACUUACACAACAAAGAAUGUUUUUCACAUUGUCCAAACUUUAUUUGACAACACAGAAGUUCUACGGAGGCCCUAUCUAGAACUAUUAACCAUAUGAGGUAUUCUCUGGGAAAAUGUGAUUCAGUCUCAUUCUAAUCCUACAGCUUCUCCCCCAUGGUCAAUGAAAGAUGGAUAAUGGUGGUGUCCCUGAAGGGUUAGUCUUGAUAAAGAGCACAAAUUUCUUGUGCACCAAACUAGUCAUCCAUCUGAUUUCUAUAUUGUUCCGGCAGAAAAAAAUUCAAAUGGAUUCAUGAACCACUGCAAUAUUAUUUUACU